AUGCCAAUCUCUGAAGCAGAUGCACUGGCUGCUCACGCAGCGAUACACGGUGACAAGACAUCCGUGACACUGCCCAGUGGUAAGACUUUGAAGGUGGUGACAGCCAAGAAUGGCUGCAAGUCCAUCAAAUUCCCUGAUUUUCAGGCCAUGGAGCAGAACAAAGCAAAAAGCUCAGAGUGGGCCAAGAAGGCCAAGGCAGGAGUGAAGAUCACUUGGUUUCUGUCUGGAAAUUCACCUUCAACAUGGGGCCGUGUAGUAGAUGGAAAGCUGGAUAGUCGAGGCAAGGCUAUUGCAGAUGCUGCGGAUACUGCGAAGACCGCCGUGCCGAAGAAGGGGAGGCCUGCAAAGGAAGUUGAGAAAGAAGCCGCUCCGAAGGCUGCAGCCAAAGCUGAUCCCAAGCGGAGUGCCAAGGCUUCGCCCAAGGCGAAGUCGCGGAGCGCCGGGAGCGCCGGGAGCACUGGGACCUCGGCCGCCACCGCCUCUGGCUCCCCGGCAAAGAAGCGGUCGGCCCCGCCUUCCCCUCCCGCCCCUCCCCCAGCUGCAAAGAAGGCAAAGUUGAAAGAGGAGGUUGGGGAAUCACUGGAAUCACUUGACCUCUCUGAAGACCCUUUGCAGCUUGCGCCCUUGUUUUCUGGGAUGGGCCAUGGUGCUACUUGGAUGAAGAUCCUCAAACCUGUGCUGGAAAGUCUGAGCGAUGCUCCCAGCUUUAUUGGGCCCAGUCGGGACAAGAGCAUCAUCCCAGUCCGAGAGCUGACCUUCCAAGCAUUGAAGCCGAAUCUGCCGUCUGGAUGGCGAGUGGUGUCUUUGGGUCAGUCGCCUUACCCUAGAAUUGAAUCUGCCACUGGCAUCGCACACUUCGAUAACGCAAUUAAAUCUUGGGAUUCUGGAAAAUUUGGCUCUGUGGUUACCAUGCGCUGUAUCAUCAAAGCAGCGGCUAUGUCCAAGUUCAAGAUUUCCAAAGACACCAAAGUUCCAGACUUGCGGAAGCUUCUGAAGACGAAGGGAACCGUUGGUCCACCCGAGUGGUUUCAAGCAAUGCUUGCCCAAGGCGUUCUUCUUAUGAAUGCUGCUUGCACGAUCAAGCCCGUAGAAGGAGGCUCUCGUGCCGGCGAAGUGGUAGAGGAGCAUUUGCUCUUCUGGCAGCCGGUCAUGGAAGCUGUGGUCAAUGCCAUUCUGGAAGAUUGCCAGCGGAGCGGUCGUCCCGUCAUCUUUGCUUGGUGGGGCACAGAGAGCUUGAAGACCAAGAAAUUCUUGGACAAGCGCUCAUUCGCGAAGUACCCGGAUGUUCAGGUGAGGCACAUUGAACACAAGAAUCCAGCUGCAAUGGGAGACCGCUUUUGUGAUGCACCAAAUGUGUUCGACAGCAUCAACAAGGCCAUCCGCGAACUGAAGCUUGGGAACCCCAUCGACUGGCUUCCUGACGAAACAUGGAAGGCCGCCCUCGGGAUCGAUGAGCAUGCUGAAGAAAUGGGGGCGUUCGUGGCCGAAACUCAAGAGCUGCACAGGAUGUACCUGGAACGCCUAAAAGACGGCCUUGACAGCCGCGCAGAUGACCUAGAAGACAUUCUUGGAGUCACGUCGCAGCCACUGGUCGACCUCCCCUCUACAUGCGAGCCCUUCAGCAAAGUUGCUGCGGGGAAAGCAUCGGUGGAUCGAGCAGGAAAAAUGGUCAGAGCAGGCCUGAGCAUCGACGAAGCGGCAGCGCUGCAUCUCUAUACUACCAAUCACCUUUACAAGGCGCUAAAUGCCGCUUUGCGUGAUCCUGAGCGCAAGAAGACCAAGCAGUAUUUUCUUUAUCUCAGGUUGUUCCUCGCAGCGAUGGAGAAGCUGCCCAGCUCCAAGCGGCAGCUCUAUCGGGGGGUGGCCUUGGAUCUUCAAGACCAGUACAAGCUUGGUACCACCGUCACCUGGUGGGCAGUGUCCAGCUGUACUCCCGACCUCGAGGUGGCAAGCAAUUUCUGCUCUGGCGGCAAGAAGUCGACGUUGUUCUUGAUCACAGCAUCACGGAGCGUCGGCAUCAGGGACUUCUCUGAGUACAAAAGCGAAGAAGAGUACAUUCUUGCCCCUGGCACCCAGUUCAAGGUCACCAACGUGGAGCGCAAGGGCUCGGCGGUUAAAAUUCACAUGACAGAAAUGGAAACCCCAAGGAGAGUUCAGUGA